AUAACGAUUUUUUCGUGAUUUGGAAUAACAUGUGGUAGCGUUACAUCCCUUCAGUAUAUUUACAGUCAUUUUGGAUCUCAGUGGAAUUGUCCGCAAAUACAGGCCGAUCAAGAUAAGAACUGAAAGCUCAACGGUUCCGUUGAUGUUAUGUUUGGUCUCUGUGUAGGAUUCUGACUGAUUCUGGUUUUUAUAUCAUGGACAGCAAGAAUGGUCGGUUUCCUUUCCCGUUCCAGCCCUAUACGAUCCAGGAGAGCUUCAUGGAGACCCUGUACUCUGCUCUGGAUCAGGGGAAAGUCGGUAUAUUUGAGAGUCCCACUGGAACGGGUAAGUCUUUGAGUCUUAUUUGUGGUGCACUGACAUGGCUGAGAGACUAUGAAGAGAAGAAGAAACAGGAGGCAGCCAGACUUCUGAAUGGUGAGACUGAAGGACCGGAAAAACAGACGGAAGCUGUAAUGGACGGGAACAAUGCCACCAAGCCAUCAGAGCCAGACUGGGUGUCAGAGUUUGUGCAGAAGAAAGCCGAGAGAGACAUGGUGAACAAGUUAAAGGAUGAGGAGCUGAAAAGGAAAAGGAGAGAGGAAAGGCUGGAGAUGAUAAGACACAACGCCCAGCUCCGAUAUACUAUGAAGAGAAAAGCCACUGAAGAUGAAGAGACUGUAAAGUUGCUGCAGCUCAGCAAAGAGGGGGUGGAGCCAGAAGCACAUGAUCCAGAGGAGGAGGGGCUUAUUGUAGCAGAAUAUGAGAGUGAUGAAGAGGCCACGCCCAAGAGCAGUCUGUGUGAUGAUGACGAUGAUGAAGAUCUGGAGGAGGAUCAUGUCACCAAGAUUUAUUACUGUAGCCGAACCCACUCUCAGCUGGCCCAGUUUGUGCACGAGGUGCAGAAGAGUCCAUAUGGGGCCACGGUUCGUUUGGUUAGUCUGGGCUCCAGACAGAACCUGUGCAUUAAUCCAGAGGUCGUGCGGCUAGGAAACGUCCAAAUGAUGAAUGAUCGCUGUUUGGAAAUGCAGAAAAACAAACACGAGAAACGAGACAAGGAGGCAGACUCUGAGCCGAAGCGCCGUCGUGGUGUUGCCAAGGCGACGUGCGCCUUCUCGGGUUUUGAGAAUUUGAUGUCAAUGAGGGACGAGGUGCUGGUGAAGGUCCGAGACGUGGAACAGCUCCUACAGCAUGGGCGGGACAAACACACAUGCCCCUAUUACAGCACACGCUUGGCCAUACCAGCAGCUCAGGUGGUGGUGUUGCCCUAUCAGUCUUUGCUCCAUGCGUCCACUCGUAAAGCAUCCGGGAUCAAACUAAAGGAUCAGAUUGUAAUUAUAGAUGAGGCUCAUAAUCUGACUGACACAAUCUCAGCCAUACACAGCGUAGAAAUUAGCGGAGCACAGCUCUGCAGGGCUCAUUCACAGCUCUCCCAGUACUCUGAGCGCUACAGAAGUCGAUUGAAAGCCAAGAAUCUGAUGUACAUCAAACAGAUCCUCUUUGUGUUGGAGGGGCUUGCGCGCACACUUGGAGGUAAAGUGGGUCAGAAUCCAAACAUGCAGUCCUGUCAGCCAGGAAGUGAGCUGCUGACUAUCAACGACUUCCUGUUUAAGGCUCAAGUUGAUAACAUAAACCUUUUUAAGGUUCAGAAAUAUUUUGAGAAGAGUAUGAUCAGCAGGAAGCUGUGUGGAUUUGUGGAGAAAUAUGAAGGCAGCGGUGUAAACACACACUGCAGCUCUAAAAACAAAGAGAAUCGUCGUAUUGAAGGACUAGGACGUUUCCUUCAGACGCUGCAGAACAAACCUACAAAUCUUGCAGAACAGCAGGUGGCAGUAGAGGACAGACCCGUCAUGGCUUCACCAAUGAUGCUGGUGGAGAGUUUCCUAUUUGCCCUCACUAAUGCCAACAAAGAUGGACGAGUCGUGAUGCAAACGCAGGCAUGUCUGUCCCAGAGCAGUCUGAAGUUUCUCUUGCUGAACUCUGCAGUUCACUUUGCACAGGUUGUCCAGGAGUGCAGGGCCGUGAUCAUCGCCGGGGGAACCAUGCAGCCUGUUACAGAUUUUAAAGAGCAGCUUUUGUUUUCAGCUGGGGUCACGGAAGACCGGAUUUUAGAAUUCUCAUGUGGUCAUGUCAUACCCCCUGAGAACAUCCUACCCAUAGUCCUCUGCGCUGGCCCCUCAGGACAACAGUUGGAGUUCACUUUUCAAACUAGGGACACACCACAGAUGAUGGAAGAGACGGGCCGUGUUUUGUCCAACCUGUGUAAUGUCGUGCCGGGGGGUGUGGUCUGUUUCUUCCCCUCCUACGAAUAUGAAAAGAGAAUUCUGGGACAUUGGGAGAGCACUGGAGUCCUGCAGCGCUUACAGUCUAAGAAAAAGAUAUUCCAGGAGCCGAAAAAAGCCAGUCAAGUUGAGCAAGUGCUCAGUGACUACUCCAAGAGUAUACAGCGCAACAUUAAUGCUGGAAGUGGCCAGUCGGGGGCGCUGCUUUUCUCUGUUGUUGGAGGAAAAAUGAGUGAAGGAAUUAAUUUCUCAGACGACCUGGGCAGAUGUGUCGUUAUGGUUGGAAUGCCGUAUCCCAACAUAAAGUCACCAGAGCUGCAAGAGAAGAUGUCUUACCUGGACAAGCACAUGCCUCAUGUAGAUGGUAAAAGUCCUGGGAAGGCCCUGAUUGAGAGUCUGUGCAUGAAAGCUGUCAAUCAAUCUAUUGGUCGUGCAAUCCGUCACCGUGGUGAUUACGCAUGUAUUGUGCUGUGCGACCAUCGUUACGCCCGAACAGGCACGCUGCAGAAACUUCCAGAUUGGAUCCGAUCCAGCAUACAGACGCAAACUAGCUUUGGUCCAGCCUUCGCCAGCAUCAGGAGGUUUUUUCUGGAGAAGCGACAGAGACCGCAGCUCUAAGCAGAGAGGAGGCCAUCGACUCGCCGUAGCGGAGCUGCAUAUGUAUAAAUGCUAUGUUUGUUCUGCAUAAUGCAUGUUUGUUUGACUGCUCAGGCCUUGUAAAUUAUUUAGGCACAGUUCUGCCUCUCCGCCCUCACGUUCUGCAUUUCAGCAUUUGUGUUUCUUGUUUAGUUCUGAGAACUUUGAUUUCAUUAAAGCUGCUCUAUACAAGACUGAGACAAAGACUUGGUCUCCGUUUGUCAGGAUUGGAGUCAUGAUCCAGACCAGAACUACACUCCAACAUUUAUUUCAUUCAUUUUAAAGGAAUAUUCCAGGUUCAGUUAAGCAUAAUUGACAGCAUCUGUGGUAUAAUGUUGAUUUCCACCAAAAAAAAAACUUUUUACUCAUCCCUCCUUUUCUUUAAUAAAAGCAGACUAGGGGUUAUAGUGAGGCACACACAACUGAAGUGAAUGAGGACAAAUUUUGGAUGGUUUAAACAGAAAUGUGAAGCUUAUAAUUGUAUAAAAAUGUUAUAAAACUUGUGCAUUUACGGUCGUUUUAGGUUUAUAGUGUUACAUCAGCAUGGCAAUGAAUUUGUAAAAUUGGCUUUAACUUUACACAGAAAAGGUUCGUAAGCGAUCUCAUCACACUAAAAUCAUGUUAACACACAUAUUGUUUAUAUCUUGUGGCUAUAGUUUUGAAAUAGUGAGUAUUUUAAUGUUUACAGAUUGGCCCCCAUUCACUUCCAUUGUAAGUGCCUCACUGAAACCACAAUUUUUGCUUAUAUUUAAAAAAAGAGGAAACUUUUUUUUGUGUGGUAUUCAGUAUUAUGCCUCAAAUGCUGCCCAUUGAGCUUAAUUAAUAAAAUAUUGAAUUUGUAGCAACGUUCAUUUCAAAACAUUCAGUAUUCAAAUUUUUAACCAUAUUAUCAAAGUCUUCCUUGUAAGUACAGUAAAAAAUCACUUGACAUUGCCAAUAAUAAUCAAAAACAGGGCAAAACCUUCACGCACAGUAGAGCACUUUGGCCUUUCGAUACUAUAUUUUUAAUACAGCGAGCCUGUACGGAGGUGUUUGACUCAUAUGCACUAUGACUGCUUCGUGAUAGGCUUAUCUUCAGUCAACGCUACGCAUGUGAAGAUGAUCAGAAAAGACUGGAUUUUGUUUGCUAAAUUUGCCUCACGCUUAACAUGCAUGAGACGUGUCGUCACAAAGAACACCAAAGUAUACUUUGUCCUUAAAGGGGUCAUGACAUGCCUUUUUUAUUAUUAUUAUUAUUAUUAUUAUUUUAAUGUUCACUUAUAAUAUCAGUAAAGUUUUUUUGGCAUGAAAAACAGUCAUAUGUUUGUAAAACAUCAUUUUCCACCCUCAUUCUGACCCUCUGUCAGAAACGCUCUGUUUUGGUGCUGCUUCUCCUUUAAGACUUGACAGUACACACCCACUUUUCUGAUUGGCUCUCUGCUCUUGAUUGAUCUGCUUUCUCACUGCUCACCACUACUGGGCGAAGCUUCAGAAGUGAUAAGGUAAAGUAGGUUUUGAUGUGAAGGCGAUCAGAUGCAAAUAUCUACACCGUGUGACAUCACAAUGUGGAGGAAGUAAAGAACGAGUUGUUUGUUUCUGUCAGAAACGCUCUGUUUUGGUGCUGCUUCUCCUUUAAGACUUCACAGUAAACGCCCACAUUUCUGAUUGGCUCUCUGCUCUUGAUUGAUCUGCUUUCUCACUGCUCACCACUACUGGGCGGGGCUACAGAAGUGAUAAGGUAAAGAAGGUUUUGAUGUUUCGUUGUGAUGGCGAUCAGAUGCAAAUAUCUACACAGUGUGACAUCACAAUGUGGCGGAAGUAGAGAACGAGUCGUUUUGACAGCUUGGUUUCAACAGAUGCACUUUUUGCAGUGAGGAAAAGGUUUUGAGUUCUGAAACUUACAGUAUGUUUUAAUAGUACAAUGACCUCUUAUGUGUUUAAAAAUAAAGGAAAAUUUGAUUCCUACUGUCAUGACCCCUUUAAAGCCACAUCCACACUAACAGAUUUAAAAAAGGCUUAAUAAGGCAGCUUUAAUGAAUGCAACUCUUUCCUUACGGCAUCAUUUUCCAAAGUAUGCGGUAAUGGAGAAAACAGCAUUAUAGUGUGGAUAAUCUGCAA